GGCAGCCGCGGCCGCAGCAGCAGAUCGCCCAAGAGGAAGAGCAAGUCCGGGCGGAGGAGCCGAUCCCCGCGCGGCAGGAGGAGCCGGAGCCCGCACCACGUCGCCGUGAAGGUGAAGCAGGAGCGAGACGAUCAUUGCCGUAGAGGAAACGAGGAGCGAAAGCAGAGGUACCCCUCAGAACAAGAACACAGGAGAGAGAGGAGCGGUGACAGGGAUAGGCACAGAGACCACUCAGACAGAAGGAAGAAUCCAAACGACAGGCCUGGAGUUCGAGGCCACGAGCGAGAGAGGGAUGUGCAGAACAUCCGUGAGCAGCAGGCGGAGAGGGAGUUCUAUAACGAGAGACGACGAGAGCAUCGACAAAAUAACGAAGGCAGCGGUGGUGACCAGAAUCCGGAACUCGGGCAAUCUGAUACCAAACCUAAAGAAAAAGCUGCUGUGAACAAAGAGAAGCCAAGCUUUGAACUGUCUGGGGCGCUGCUGGAGGAUACCAACACUUUCCGAGGUGUUGUGAUCAAGUACAGCGAGCCCCCCGAAGCUCGGAUUCCGAAGAAGCGAUGGCGCCUCUACCCUUUCAAAAACGACGAGUUUCUCCCGGUGAUGUACAUCCACAGGCAGAGUGCAUACCUGCUGGGCAGGCACCGCCGCAUCGCCGACAUCCCCAUCGACCACCCCUCCUGCUCCAAGCAGCACGCCGUGUUCCAGUACCGGCUGGUGGAGUACACUCGUGCUGAUGGCACCGUGGGCCGCAGGGUGAGGCCCUACAUCAUCGACCUGGGCUCGGGGAACGGCACCUUCCUCAACAACCAGCGCAUCGAGCCCCAGCGCUACUACGAACUGAAGGAGAAGGACGUGCUGAAGUUUGGGUUCAGCAGCAGGGAAUACGUGCUCCUCCACGAAUCCUCGGAUAAAUCGGAGGCCAACACAAAGGACGAUGACGAUGAGGAGGAGAAGGAGGAAGAGUCUGACAGUUAACAGAUGAGGAGGAGGUCGGGGAGGGCAGGGGAGAGGAGUUGAGCACGAUUGGGAUGGAAACAUUGGAGCAUCACAGCACUGAUGCCUCUUAUUGCCUUAAAGUCCUUUUUCUGUUGCUGAUCUGUUCUCGUAGUUUAUUUUGGGGGACUUCACUGGUUUUUCAUCUUGGAUAGUUUUGCAUAUCAGGAAAUACACCUUUUUUUUCUUUUUUCCCCCCCAACAAGGAAAAGAGCCCCUGGAUGUGAAAGCUCUGAUGCUGGAAAUACUCAACAAAUGUUGAAAGACUGUCCCCUUCUAGGAAACAGUGUAAACCACAGCCGGCAUAUUUAUUUUUAUUAUUUUUAUUAACUGGUCUGUCAUAGCCCUUUGAAAAUGCGAGUUAACUGAAGUAGUAGUUAGAAAGUAGCCCGAUGUGUUUUGUAACGCUCCAGUUUGGUGGAUUUUGCCAAAUUCCCUGACCUGCUGGGGGUUGUAGGCUGGAGACUUCACCGGGGUCGGUACUGACCAGGCGGGAGUGUUGCACAGCCCCUCGGGCUUGGGGAGUUCACCUUGGGGUGACUUUCAGGGCCGGGCAUUUCACUGGAAUAUACUCCCUGGGAACUGCAAGGUGCUCUGGAACAGAUAUUAAAUGCUUCCUGGGAUUUUGGGGGGACAGUCCUGUGAUUUGGGGGCUGAGGUCUCGGUCAGGGUCUGCCCCCAACAUGUCACAACCCACGAUGCUGAAACUGUCCCCGGGUGGGGGGUGUCUGGGGCUGAAGCUGAGGCUUUAUUUGUGAUACCACCCCCACCCUCCCUGUUUUCUGUUUGUACUGUGCAUAAAUACCUUGUAUGUGGUGACGUGGUGUUAACAAGAGUUUGCACUACUUAAGUUUUCUUUUUAGAAAAAGGUUGUACUGUCACUUGUUUAUAAUAGUUUUCCCCCCUGUGACAGAGAACAAAGCUUUAGGAAGAGAAAAACCAGCUCCACUCACUGAAAGUACCCACAUCUUGCAUAUUUUUUGGGUGUCUUCUCCCCGUGGUUUGCUUUAUGGUCUAAGAAAUUUUCCACACUGUUUACUACUUUGCCUGGAUGUUUGUUCUGUGGUCACCAGCUCUCCAUCCUGCUGUGUAUAUAGUUGUGUAUACGGGUGGCGCGUAUUGUACACACGGGCUGGGACAUUUAUAGUGUAAAUAUGGGGCAUUGAUGUAGGUUUUCAAAAGGACGGUAGAAUGAGUUUUGACGGGGAGGAUCUCCUUUAUAUAUACUCUAGGGGUUUUUAAAUAAAUAAUUUGUAAAUUUAGCCCA